AUGCUCGGAGGCCGCCUACAGGUGCAAUGCGGCACUGCGGCCCGGGGAGGGUGGGUCCCGGCGGGCGCGGGGUGGGCGCGCGAGCUCAUCGGCAGCUGCGCCCGCCCCUCCCCAAGUCGGAGUCGUGCCCCGCCGCCCGCGCCUCCAGGUCUCCCGGUGGCUCUCCCGGGCGCGGUUUGGAAAGGAAGCUGGGAGCCCUUCGGGGCUCCGCAGACGCGGGCUGCGCGGGGGCGGGGCGGGGCGGGCUCGGCUUCCCCUCGAAUCUGCGGCCGGCCUGGCUCCGGGAAAGUUGUGCAAAGUUCCCAGCAGCGCCGGCCCAGGUCGCCUCCGCCAGGCGAGCAGACGGCGGCCAGCGCGCCAGCCUCGCCGCCGCCGCCGAGCGCGCUCUGGGCGGCCCGCUCGCUCGCUCGCGGGAAGCAGGUGUGCGGGGCCUCGGGCCAGUUCGAGUUGGAAAUCCUGUCCAUGCAGAACGUGAACGGGGAGCUCCAGAACGGCAACUGCUGCGGCGGCGCCCGGAGCCCCGGGGACCGCAAGUGCGCCCGCGACGAGUGUGACACGUACUUCAAAGUGUGCCUCAAGGAAUACCAGUCCCGCGUCACGGCCGGGGGCCCCUGCAGCUUCGGGUCGGGCUCCACGCCUGUCAUCGGAGGCAAUACCUUCAAUCUAAAAGCCAGUCGCGGCAACGACCGCAAUCGCAUCGUGCUGCCUUUCAGUUUCGCCUGGCCGAGGUCUUACACUUUGCUCGUGGAGGCGUGGGACUCCAGCAAUGACACUGUCCAACCUGACAGCAUUAUUGAAAAGGCUUCUCAUUCGGGCAUGAUCAACCCCAGCCGGCAGUGGCAGACGCUGAAGCACAACACGGGGGUAGCCCACUUUGAGUAUCAGAUCCGAGUGGCCUGUGACGAUUACUACUAUGGCUUCGGCUGCAAUAAGUUCUGCCGGCCCAGAGAUGACUUCUUUGGACAUUAUGCCUGUGACCAGAAUGGCAACAAAACUUGUAUGGAAGGCUGGAAGGGGCCGGAAUGUAACCAAGCUAUUUGCCGGCAGGGCUGUAGUCCCAAGCAUGGGUCCUGCAAACUCCCCGGUGACUGCAGGUGCCAGUACGGCUGGCAGGGCCUGUACUGUGACAAGUGCAUCCCACACCCGGGCUGUGUCCACGGCACCUGUAACGAGCCCUGGCAGUGCCUCUGUGAGACCAACUGGGGUGGCCAGCUCUGUGACAAAGAUCUCAAUUACUGUGGGACUCAUCAGCCGUGUCUCAAUGGAGGCACUUGUAGCAACACAGGUCCUGACAAGUAUCAGUGUUCUUGCCCUGAAGGAUAUUCGGGACCCAACUGUGAAAUUGCGGAGCAUGCCUGCCUCUCGGACCCCUGCCACAAUGGAGGCAGCUGCAAGGAGACCUCCCUGGGGUUUGAGUGUGGGUGCUCUCCAGGCUGGACCGGCCCCACGUGCUCCACCAACAUUGAUGACUGUUCUCCAAACAAUUGUUCCCACGGGGGGACCUGCCAGGACUUGGUGAAUGGAUUUAAGUGUGUGUGUCCACCGCAGUGGACUGGCAAGACCUGCCAGAUAGAUGCAAAUGAAUGUGAGGCCAAACCUUGUGUAAAUGCCAAGUCCUGUAAGAACCUGAUUGGGAGCUACUACUGUGAUUGUCUCCCCGGCUGGACAGGACAGAAUUGUGACAUCAAUAUUAAUGACUGCCUGGGCCAGUGUCAAAAUGACGCCUCUUGUCGGGAUUUGGUUAAUGGUUAUCGCUGUAUCUGUCCACCUGGCUAUGCAGGCGAUCACUGUGAGAGAGACAUCGAUGAGUGCGCCAGCCACCCCUGUUUGAACGGGGGUCACUGUCAGAACGAAAUCAACAGAUUCCAGUGUCUUUGCCCCACUGGUUUCUCGGGAAACCUCUGUCAGUUAGACAUAGAUUACUGUGAGCCCAAUCCCUGCCAGAAUGGUGCCCAGUGCUACAACCGUGCCAGCGACUAUUUCUGCAAGUGUCCUGAGGACUAUGAGGGCAAAAAUUGCUCACAUCUGAAAGACCACUGCCGCACUACCCCCUGUGAAGUGAUUGACAGCUGCACCGUGGCCAUGGCCUCCAACGACACUCCCGAGGGGGUGCGGUACAUUUCCUCCAACGUCUGUGGUCCCCACGGGAAGUGCAAGAGUCAGUCGGGAGGCAAAUUCACCUGUGACUGUAACAAAGGCUUCACUGGAACGUACUGCCAUGAAAAUAUUAACGACUGCGAGAGCAACCCCUGCCACAACGGCGGCACCUGCAUCGAUGGUGUCAACUCCUACAAGUGCAUCUGUAGUGACGGCUGGGAGGGCAUCUUUUGUGAGACCAAUAUUAACGACUGCAGCCAGAACCCCUGCCACAAUGGGGGCACGUGUCGGGACCUGGUCAAUGACUUCUACUGCGACUGUAAAAACGGGUGGAAAGGAAAGACGUGCCACUCACGUGACAGCCAGUGUGAUGAGGCCACCUGCAACAAUGGCGGCACCUGCUAUGAUGAAGGCGAUGCCUUUAAGUGCAUGUGUCCUGGAGGCUGGGAAGGAGCAACCUGUAACAUAGCCCGGAACAGUAGCUGCCUGCCCAGCCCCUGCCAUAACGGGGGCACCUGUGUGGUCAAUGGGGAGUCCUUCACGUGUGUCUGCAAGGAAGGCUGGGAAGGGCCCAUCUGCACUCAGAAUACCAACGACUGCAGUCCUCACCCCUGUUACAACAGUGGGACGUGCGUGGAUGGAGACAACUGGUACCGCUGUGAAUGUGCCCCAGGUUUCGCCGGGCCUGACUGCAGAAUAAACAUCAAUGAAUGCCAAUCCUCCCCUUGCGCCUUCGGGGCCACCUGUGUGGAUGAGAUCAAUGGCUACCGGUGUGUUUGUCCACCAGGCCACGGCGGGGCCGAGUGCCAGGAAGUUUCCAGGAGACCUUGCGUCACCAUGGGGAGCUUGAUACCAGACGGGGCCAAGUGGGACGACGACUGCAAUACCUGCCAGUGCCUGAAUGGAAGGAUCGCCUGCUCGAAGGUCUGGUGUGGCCCUCGGCCAUGCCUGCUGCACAAAGGGCACAGCGAGUGCCCUGGUGGGCAGAGCUGCAUCCCCAUCCUGGACGACCAGUGUUUUGUGCGUCCCUGCACUGGUGUCGGGGAAUGCCGGUCAUCCGGCCUCCAGCCAGUGAAGACCAAGUGCACCUUUGACUCUUAUUACCAGGAUAACUGUGCAAACAUCACCUUCACCUUCAACAAGGAGAUGAUGUCACCGGGUCUUACCACUGAACACAUUUGCAGUGAAUUACGGAAUCUGAAUAUUUUGAAGAAUGUUUCUGCUGAAUAUUCAAUCUACAUAGCUUGUGAGCCUUCCCCCUCAGCCAGCAAUGAAAUUCAUGUGGCCAUUUCUGCUGAGGACAUACGGGAUGAUGGAAACCCUAUCAAAGAUAUCACGGACAAAAUCAUAGAUCUCGUUAGUAAACGUGAUGGGAACAGCUCGCUGAUUGCUGCUGUCGCAGAAGUGAGAGUGCAGAGGCGCCCCGCGAAGAACAAAACAGAUUUCCUGGUUCCCUUGCUGAGCUCCAUCUUAACCGUAGCGUGGGUCUGUUGCUUGCUGACGGCCUUCUACUGGUGUGUGCGGAAGCGACGGAAGCCGAGCAGCCACACUCACUCGGCCUCGGAGGACAACACCACCAACAACGUACGCGAGCAGCUGAACCAGAUCAAGAACCCCAUUGAGAAGCACGGGGCCAACACAGUGCCCGGCAAGGAUUACGAGAACAAGAACUCCAAGAUGUCCAAGAUAAGGACACACAAUUCGGAAGUGGAAGAGGACGACAUGGACAAGCACCAGCAGAGAGCCCGGUUUGCCAAGCAGCCGGCGUACACCCUGGUAGACAGAGAGGAGAAGCCCCCCAACAGCACACCGACAAAGCACCCAAACUGGACAAACAAACAGGACAACAGGGACCUGGAGAGUGCCCAAAGCUUGAACCGGAUGGAGUACAUCGUAUAGCAGACAAACGGUGCUGCCGCCUCGCGGACGCCACCCUUCGGUAGUGUGGAAAGGCACUCGGGCUUAUAGUUCUUGAAGCGGUGGUGUCACGUUUGAGUCUGAGGCUGUUGUUCGGACUUGGAACCCUGUGUUAAUUUAAGUUCUGACAAGCUGGCUCACACUGGCAGCAAGGGUAGUUUUAUCUGUGGCUGGCUGGAAAUCCCAAGUGUGCUGCAUUUCACAUCUAUGCAAUCCAGUCCCCGGGCCCGCGUGCAGGCUCCCCUGCAGCCGACUUUUGCGCCAGGGCCUGGGCCGCCCGGAGACGUCUCGCCCAUAGUCCUUGAGCUGCACUUCUGCCAGGGGUCCUGAUGGUGACGCGGUCCUCGGAGAAUAGUUUUUAUUUAUAUUUAUUGACUCUUGAGUUGUUUUUGUAUAUUGGUUUUAUGAUGACGUACAAGUAGUUCUGUAUUUGAAAGUGCCUUGCAGCUCAGAACCACAGCAACUAUCACAAAUGAGUUUAUUAUUUAUUUUUUUUAUUGUAUUUUUUUUUUUUUUUGGUGGGGGUGGGGGGACUUUGAUGUCAGCAGUUGCUGGUAAAAUGAAGAAUUUAAAGAGGAAAAAUGUGUCAAAAGUAGAAUUUUUUGUAUAGUUAUGUAAAUAAUUCUUUUUUAUUAAUCACUGUGUAUAUUUGAUUUAUUAACUUAAUAAUCGAGAGCCUUAAAACAUCAUUCCUUUUUAUUUAUAUGGACGUGUUUAGAGUUGAAGGUUUUUGAUAGUGUUGUAAGCUUCUAGCUUUUUUUAAUUUGAACUUUUUUUCUUAUUACAUGUUGCCUAUAAGCCAAAAUUUAAGGUGUUUGGAAAAGUUUAUUUUUAAAACAAUAGGAUGGCUUCUGUGCCUGAAUACUGAUGGUUUUUUUCAAUUAUUUGUACGACGUCAGAUGUUUAAAACACCUUCUAUAGCAUCACUUUAAAGACACGUUUUAAGGACUGACUGAGGCAGUUUGAGAAUUAGUCUAGAGAGGUUGUUUUGCUUUGUUUUUCUGCUUUGGACUCGAACAGAGGCAGGCAGGUGAGCUGCUGCAGCACGAGGGACACAGGUGAACGAUGACUUAAUGUAGCCAAAAUGUGAAUGGUUGAAUAUCAUUAAAAAUAUCAACUGAUAAAUUCCGUGACUUUGGAAGCACACCAAUCUUAUGUUGUAAAUUCUGAUUUCUUUUCACCAUUCGUAUGUAAUGCUGAACCACCUGUAGAUUUGAUUUAUUUUUGUUGUUAUCUACCGCAUUUAGGGAGUAUUCUAAUAAGCUAGUUGAAUACUUGAACCGUAAAAUGUCCAGUAAGAUCACUGUUUAGAUUGGCCAUAGAUUACACUGCCCGCCUUACGUGAGGAAAUCGAAGUGCUAUUAUGAUGUUUAAGAUCAAAAAGGCUUAUAAAACAGAGUAAUCUCUUUGGUUCCCCGUUGAGACCAUGAAGAUAACUUUGUAUUGUCCUAUUAGUGUUAAAUGAACAGAAAAAUGCAUCUCUGAUGUGUUGUUCCUGGCAAUAAAUUUUGAAAAAUAUUUAUUAAAUUUUUUGUAUGAAAACAA